AGCCACUUCGGCUUGGAUCGAAGCGCGGAAGCGCCCGCGAUGAGCGCACUGGCACGCGAAUUGGCCAAGCUGCAGCAGGCGUCGACCCCUCAGGGCGGCCGCCAGCUGCUGCUGCUGCAGGCAUAUGCGGAGCACGGCCGCGAGGCCUCCGCGGAGGAGAGCCUCGAGUUCCUCCGGCGGCUGCGGAAGACCCGCGACGAGCUCAGGGAAAGAGCCGCCAAGAUAUCGUCUGGCCCGCGCAUGCUGCUGCAGCGGUGGCGGUCCGACUGCCAGACUCACGAGGGUUUCGCGCUACUGCGGGCCAACCUGCUGUCCCGAGAGAGGCUGGAGGAACUGAGCGGAGAGGACCUCUCCCUUGCAUACAACCACCUGCGGCGCAUGAGUCUCGUCCGCGAGGCCGAGGAGGUCUGGCCCUGCAUCGGCGAGCGCGUCGCGGCCGGCCGGCUCGGCGGCGUGCGGGAGCUGCUCGGCGUGUGGAGCGUGGCCCCUCCGGAGCGCCUGCAGGAGAUCGACGCCCAGAUGGCCAGCGCCCUGGCCGCGGAGAAGCCGAAGGGCUGGCAGCUGCUGAGCGCCAUCUCGCGCGUGGCGGACAGGCCGAACUCGCAGGCAGUCUUCCGGUGUGCAGAGGAGCUGAAGCGGCGCAUGCAGGACCUCUCCCCCGAGGACUUGGCCGCCCUCGUGGGGCUGCUGGGCAGGCGGGGGGCCGAAGACAGGGCCGCGGGGCGGCCGGACCUGCUCGCGGAGGUGGGCGCCAGGGCCAAGGCGCGCCUGGCUGGGGGCGGCGGGGCCCCGAAGGGCGAGGCGGCCCUGGAGGCGGGGCAGCUGUGCGGCCUGCUGGGGGCGAUGGAGGACCGG